AGGACAGACAGAAUAAUAAAACUCAUAACAGUCGUUCUGUAAUGAUGUUCUUUGUAAAAAUAUCUCAGGUUCUUUUGAUUUGUCUUCUCAUCAUGUUGUGUUAUGGUGAGGAUAACGAGUACAGCUCACGCUAUGCUUACAAUUUAUCAUCUUUGAUGUUUAAUGGACUAAGCGAGAAAUGUAACAGAACAUUGGAAAAUAUGAGUGCAGAUACAAGAUUGCGAUAUCUCGACAGUUGGGGCAAACCUGGAGCAGGUAUUUUGAGCGGCAACGUGAAAUGGUUUGGGGCGUUUGAUCAAUGCAUCGCUAUCUCGGGUGGAAAAUAUUGCCUCGUUACUUUAAUAGGAAAUAUUACGAACAAGACGAUUCCAAUAUGGUACGGAAUGUGUCUACCUAAUGUUUGUGUCAACGCUGAUUCUUACAUUGUCGUUCAAAACUUCCUAAAUAACAUUGGCAGUCAAUUUUUUCCGACCGUUAAAAUCAUCGAUCUAAACUGCUAUGAAGAACCGAAGUACACUUGGUCAGUGAUAUUAACAAUAAUACUGUGCGGUAUUAUUUUGUCAUGUUGUUUAAUUGGGACCUGUAUAGAUGUAUAUAAAGAAACAAUACAAGCGAACUGUGUGGAGUAUAUGUAUUUGGGUAGAGAGUAUAGUGUGAUUAAACCACAAGAAAUUCAUUUCCCAGCUGAAACUACACCGUUGGUCUCUAAGAAAAAUGGCAUGACGGUUUAUCGUAAUGGUGGGUUGGACUAUCAUAAUGCGUUCGAAGAGAGUUUUAAAUUGGAAACAAGUGAAAAACAAAAUGAAAUCACAAAGAACAAAAGUUCAAAUGAUACAAGAGAUUUCAUCGUUGAUAUAUUUCUUUGCUUCUCGCUGUUACGAAAUUCUCGGAAUAUUAUGAAAACCGAUGCAGCUGCUGAUAAUUUACUUUCUUUGAAUGGUAUAAGAGUUAUAACAAUGCUUUGGAUCAUACUUGAUCAUACCUAUGGUGUUGCGCGCUAUCCACAAGGAAUCCUUGAGAACUUGUUGGAUUUUUAUGACGAGACUAGAAAGUUUACAGAAAUGAUAAUCGUAAAUUCGUUUGUUACUGUCGAUACGUUUUUCUUUCUUUCCGGUUUCUUGGUUAUGUAUAAAGUCAUGAAGAUUUUGGAGCAAAAUAAAGGCAACUUUCAAUGGAGUAUGUUGUAUGUUCAUCGAUAUUUCAGACUGACGCCUGCGUUGAUGUUUUUCAUACUGUUCAAUGUAAAGUUAAAACCGUUCGUUAGUAAAGGCCCUCUUUGGGAGCAACAUCUGAAAGAAGAUGAGGGAUGUCGUAAAUAUUGGUGGACAAAUCUUUUGUAUCUGAAUAACUUUUAUCCAGCAGAUACAACACGAGGGUGUAAUGGUCAUUUGUGGUAUCUUUCUGUGGAUAUGCAGUUCUUUAUCUUAGCGCCUUUCAUCAUUUGUUUCUUUUACCGAUAUGGUUAUCGUGCUGUGGUUGCAACCUCCUUAGUUCUUGGUGGUGGCUCGAUUGUUUACAUUGCUGUCAUGACAGAACAUUACAAUCUUCAUCCAUUAACUUUGGUUUUAAGACAUGUUACUUUGAAAGAGUACGUUAACUAUCUUAAUUAUUUGUAUGACAAACCAUAUGCUCGAUUUCCUCCUUGUUUGGUUGGUCUGGUAUUUGGUUAUCUUUUGCAUAAAGGAGCGCUGAGAAAAAAUCAAUUAAAUUGGACUAAAGCUUCGUUACUUUGGUUCUUAUCAACUGCCGUCGCAUUGUCUUUAAUAUACGGACCUUACACGGCAAUAAAGAAAGACCCCAGAGCGUGGACGAUGUUUGAAAAAAUUUUCUACGCUUCUACAUUCCAUCUUGUGUGGCCGUUUGUGUUGUCUUGGGUUGUCUAUGCUUGCGAAUUUGGCUAUGGAGGUUAUGUUAAGGACUUUCUGUCUGCAAGUUUCUGGAUUCCUCUUGGUCGUCUUACGUAUUCAACAUAUUUAGUACAUUUGUUAGUGCUUAAAGUUAUGAUAAAUGGUUCAAGAACUGGACUCGUUUUCACAACACAGUGGUGGGCGUACAUCUACUGUGGUACCGUACUUUUAUCGCAUGCCCUUGCAUUCUUAUUGGCUAUCACCGUCGAAUAUCCUGUUUUCAAUCUCGAGAAACUUGUUUUUGGCGGUCUUAGAGGGAAGGCAAAAUAGACUUAAAGAAAACCAGGGAUGGCAAUGAAGGUUUAUGAUGACGGUAUUUCUUGUGAACUUCAAAAUAUCCUUGUCUUAAACGAACCCAUCAUUAUGUGUCUACCAUCAUACUUACAUUGUUAUUUCUACAAGAAAAUCAUUUGGAGAAGGACUUUUCAUUUUGAUUUCAAUAAUUUUUUUAUUUUGAUUUUUAGUGUAAGAUUUUGAAUCUAAGAUUUUGACUUAUAAGCUUAUGCAAUAUUAACUCACGUUAUGUUUUCCUGCAAUAUUUUUUACCUAUUUUUGCCUGUGUUUGUUCUAUAUGGAAUUUGUGUGUCAAAUCUAUCAAAUAUUACUGUUAUGUUACACCCUCUGUCAUAAAAAAUUUCUUAAAAAGGAAAAACAUAAGGUUUGUACUGAGCAAUUGCUCAAAUAGAAUAUUACUUCCAAGAUUACAAAAUUUCUUUGUCGUAA